GUUUGCCCGUCGUGUGCGCUAAGAGCCGAAGUGGUCCCGCGUGUGGAGUCUGGGGUUCUGGCAUUUACAGAUGCUUGUGAACAGCCAUGAACAUUGACUUUGAUGACCUGUUUGAUACUGAGCCAGCAGAAGAUAUAGAGGCUGUUCAUGAGACUGAAGUUCAGUCUGAUGGGAAUGAAAGUGGUAAUGAAGCUGAUGAAAAUGCUGAAACUGAGCAAAACAAGACAGAUGACGUGGACGUGGACGUCGGUGACGGUAAAGCCAAGAAGAAGCGCGUCUCGCGGCCCCAGCCUAAGCUGAACGGCGACCGGCUGUGUGGCGCGCGCGGCAUCGGCAUCAUGGAGCACACCUUCUCGGGCGUGACAUUCCAGGGCCGCGGGCACGAGCAGGCCGACCUCACCGUGCUCAUGGCCAAGCUGCAGCACUGGGCGCACCGGAUGUUCCCCAAGAUGCCGUUGGACUCGGCGCUAGAGCGGAUCGAGAAGCUGGGCAAAACCAAACCGGUGCACACUAACGUGAGGAAGAUCCGGAUGGGCCUGUCCGUGCUUCCGACGGUCAUCGACGACGACGACGACCCGACGGUGCGGGGCGCGCCCGAGGUCGACGUGUUCGACGAGCUGAUUGGGGACGCGGCGCGCCACGAGCCCCGGCCGUCGUCCCCGGUCCGCGAUGAGCCGUCCCAGCCGUCGCAGUCGUCGCAGGCGGCUCCAGCCACAACCCUCUCGGAAGAGCAGCAGGAGCGCAUGCGGAAGAACAGGGAGCUGGCGCAGCUGCGGCGGAUGCGCGCCCAAUUUUCUCAGCAGCAGGCGCAGGCUCGGGCGUCGCCGUCUGGACCGGCACAGAUGGCGCCCCAGCUGACUCCGGCGCCGGGGUCCGCCGAGGUGGAGCUCCCGGCGUCGCCGCCACCUGGACCGGCACAGGUGGCACCACAGUCGGCCCCGGUGCCAGGGUCUCCGCGGGGGGCGGUGCGGUCUCCGCCGCCGACCGCGUCUCAGGACUCCCAGGGAGAUGACAGCGCUACUGCCGCGACCUCGUCCCAGUUGCAGUCGCCGCUCCCUGGCGAGUCACAGUCCCAGUCCUCCCCCACCAUGUCCCAGGUGCAGUCUCCCGUCCCUGUACAGUCCCGGUCGGCGUUCUGGCCCGCAGACGGUUCCCAGCGGAAGGCCAGUGUUUUCGGCGAGUCCCAGCGUCAGGCCUGUGACGCGCCCAAUCAGGCGGCCGAGUCUCCUGAACACCAGCGCGGUGUACUCGAGGAGCACGGGCGGCCGCUGGCGGGGCUCGAUGCGUCGAGCUCCGGGCCGAUGGAGCUGGUUGCGGAGCCGGAGACCGUUGCGCCUCGUGCGGGGCACCUCCAUCAAAUGUCGGAGGCACCAGCCGUGGCCAUCGCUCAAGAACGGGACUCCAGCGUGGAGCGUGUGGGGCAUCGCCAAAUGCCGGGGGCACCAGCCGUGGCCGUCGCUGAAGAACAGGACUCCAGCGUGGAGCGUGUGGGGCAUCUGCACCAAAUGUCGGAGACGCGAGCUGCGAACAGUACGGAGGUUCAGGAGACCAGCGCCCCCCGUUUAGGUCAUCUUCACGAAAUGUCCGAGACGGCAGCUCCUGCCAGUGUGGUGGAUGCUGGUAUGGACUCGGAAGGAGAGUGA